AAAGAACGCCGAUCACGUCGGAACUGAUCUGAUCCGCCGAGCAACCCGGUCAAAACAACGACCGGUGGAGAUAGACGUAGCAGAACCAGGCGAGCAUUUUGGUAGAGCAGCGGCCAUUUUGAAGUAAUAGGGCCUCCAGCUCACUGUUUCAGUAGGUGAGUAGGAAGAUGCAGUGUUUGGCAUCACUUUCACAUCGAACACAGCUCUAAAUUCACACCAAUUCACCAAACGUCGACGGUACCGUCAAGGUGGCUUUGUUUUGGCAACCAUGUUGGCCAGCCAUGCGCUGAGUGUGACCUGGCACGCUGCACGCCGCAAGCAAUUUGGCUCUUUCAGCCUUUCACCGCAAGCAAGACUUCGGCUUUCCCGAAGUCCACCGAAACGUUUUGCGUUGUCCAACGUUCCGCCCAUGGCGGAAGAGGCUCCAUCGAAGUCGUUAAUGGAAGCAGAGGCUGCACACUAUGGGGCCACAUAUGCAGCGAAGGUUGGCGGGAAUUGGUGGAAAUGCAGCUACCUAUGGCGCUGGAGCCUUCCGACCCUCACUCUGAGCCCUCCACUGCUGGCCGAAGGCCUUGGCACCUUUUGCCUGGUCCUCACUGUGGGCUGUGUGGUGAUUGGGCCUGCGCCGGUGCCAUGGGCACCGACCGCCAUCGCGGCAGUUCUCAUGGCCACGGUCUCAGACAGCAAAAUGAGCUAA